GGGGCGCUCAGCCCGGGGUCCGUUGUGGCUGACCCCGCCAUCUUUGCGUGUCUGGCCGCUUUUCUUCUUAGCUUUGGGUCCAGGAUUGCCCCCGAUCUGUGUCGCCGUGUGACUCGCUGGUGCCUGGACACCCAGCGCGAGGGGGCCGCUCACCCGGAAUCCCGAAAUGGGGUUGGUGUCAUUUGAGGACGUGGCUGUGGACUUCACCUGGCAGGAGUGGCAGGAGCUGGAUGCUGCUCAGAGGACCCUCUACAGAGAUGUGAUGCUGGAGAACUACAGUAGCCUGGUGUCCUUGGGACAUUGCGUGACUAAACCUGAGUUGAUCUUCAGGUUGGAGCAUGGAUUUGGGCCAUGGAGCAUACGCGAGACCUCACUCUGGACUCUCCCAGGUGUUCUUGAAGUUUAUGCUCCAGAUAAGAGUUGCCUAGAAAAUCUCGAGAGUCGUAUGUGGCCGGUAGGAAGCAUCAGCAGGAAUCUGUCAAAUAGAGAGAUGCUUGAAGCAGAAAUGAAGGUUCAGCUGGAACUCCAUCAAGGUAUAAAACCCUAUGAAGAGCCUUCAUCCAGUAACAGAUGGAAGCAGAUGCAGAGAUCCACAGCCAAGCACUGGGCUGAGCUCUGGGAGUCCAGUUGGAGAGAGAAAGCAAGAGGCUAUGAAUUUGUUCCAGAGUAAGAUACAUCAGGUUUGACCAGCCAAGACCACCUGAAAGGUCUCAGAUGACACCAUAGCCCAGAUGAUCCAACAUCCAGAACCGUUUCAAGACAACUGGCUCAGAUGAUACAGCCUCACGGACUACUCCAUGAUCCUAAAAUUUUCUUUGUUUCCCCAGAAGAUACAGCACCCCCCUCCAGCAGGAAGUAGUAAGAGAAGCUACGCCCAUAUUCCCAAAUAUACCAAGCUGACUUUGGAGAUGUGUAAAGGUUAAAACCUUCCUUUUUAAGAAAAAAAAAGGGGAAGUGCUGUGAGAUGGUCUGUAUGUCAAAUGUGUUGCUGAUUGGUCAAUGAAUAAAUCACUGAUUGGCAGUGGCCAGGCAGGAAGUAUAGGCGGGACUAACAGAGAGGAGAAUGGAGAGAACAGGAAGCUGGAGGGGGGAGACACUGCCAGACGCCAUCAGGACAAGGAAGAUGUAAAGUACCGGUAAGCCACAAGCCACAUGGCAAGGUAUAGAUUAAUAGAAAUGGAUUAAUUUAAGCUGUAAGAACAGUUAGCAAGAAGCCUGCCACGGCCAUACAGUUUGAAACCAAUAUAAGUCUCUGUGUUUACUUGAUUGGGUUUGAGCGGCUUGGGACUGGCGGGUGAGAGAUUUGUCCUGAUUGUGGGCCAGGCAGGAAAACUUUAGCAACAAGAUUUCAUGUUAUAUCCAUCAGAAUGGCUAAGACCAAUAAAACAGCUGACAGCUGAGGCUACUGAGGAUGUGAAGUCAUCCACUGUUGGAGGGAGUACACACUUAUAUAGCCACUAUAGAAAGCAGUGAGAUGGUUCCUCAGGAAGAUGGGAAUCAGUGUACCUCAACAUCCAGAUCUGCCAUUCUUUGGCAUACGUCUAAAGGAUGCUCCAUCCUACUACAAGUACACUUGCUCAACUUUGUCCAUUGCUGCUCAAUUCAUAAUAGCCAGAAAUUGGAAACAACCUAGAUGUCCAUCAGCAGAAGAAUGGAUAAAGAGAAUGUGGUACAUUUAUGCAAUGGAAUAUUACUCUGUCAUUACAAAAUGAAAUUCACUAGGGAAAAUCAUCCUGAGUGAAGUAACCCAGACCAAGAAAGACAAAUACGGUAUUGUUAUUGCUUACAUGUGGAUAUUAGCUCUUAAUUCAAUGAUAAGCAAGCUACAAUUCAUAGAACCACAGAAGUUAGGUAGAGAGUAAGGACAAGUGGGGACAUAUAGUUCUUCUUAGGAGAGAGAAAUGAAAUAGUUAUGGAUGGAUGAUGCAAGGAGACUGGAAUGUGAGGAUCAAAUGGCAGGUAGAAGGGAGGAGGGGAGCAUGGGAGGAAAUAUGAGGAAAGACUGCUAAAAUUAAGGGACAUUUGAGGGGUAGUAUGGAAACCUAGUAUAGUAGAAGCUUCCUAAAAUAUAUACAUAUAUGGUGGUCAUCUAAAUGAAAUUGCCAAAUAGUGGAAGAGGUCACUCUUCUUGUCACAUAUGUAUCUUCCAUUACAGGAUGAAUUACAUUUAAUUGAAUUGUUGGCCAAAGGGGUUUUAUGGGAAUCCCCAAACAACCGACAUUUUUGUCAAGUCUGUAUGUGUUCUGCACAAACUGAUAACAAGGUUCUAGUUCUGAAGACCACACCAACACAAUUCAUUGAACAUAGAGAAGUGGAGCUUGUGCUACUUAAAGCCUUUAUCCCUAGAUGCUGAGUCUUUGUUACAGGAAGGUACUCUACAUUCUACUAAAGGAGAAGCAUAUACACCAACCCAGCUACAAUCUUUUUGCUCUGCAAUAGUGUCCUACCUUCAAGAUAUGUCAGUGCAAUAAUGGCACAAAGCUUGGAAUAGUAGUCAACCAGUAUCUGACUUAUCUUAAGGCCCACUCCAUAAGAUGGAACCUAUACCCAGCACUAUUCUGGUAACCAAGAACCUGAGAUAAAUUGCCCAGAGACCUAGGGUAAAACCAAAUAAUAAUGUUCUAAAAACAAAACAGACAGAUAAACCCCACAAAGGCCAAAAAACAAUGUACCAAUAAAAUGACUCCUAAUGACAUUCUGUUGUACUCAUAGAUGAGUACCUCGCUUAGCCCUCAUCAGAGAAGCUUCCUCUUGCAACAGAUAGGAACAAAUAUAGAGACCCACAGCCAGACAAUCAUCAGUGUGAGAGAUGUUUGCAACACUCAGCCUUAAACAGGAUGUCUCUAUCAAAUCCCUCCAUUCAGGUCUAAGGGAACUCAAUGGGAGAGGAGAUGGAAGAGUAUAAAAGCCAGAGUUGAUGGAGGACAUCAAGGAAACAAGGCUGUGUACAUUAACAGGAUAAAUGACUCUAUGGACUCACAGACACUGAGGCAGCAAGAACAUGGGUCUAUGCCAGAAGGGGUCCUAGAGCUAAAAGAAGAAGAGAACACAUGCUCCCUGACCCAGUAGCUAUCUCCAAUUGACAACCACUUGCAAAUGAAAACCUAGUUUUCUCCAAAGGAGUCUCAUUGGGGAAACAAACUACUUUUAAGGGUAAUCUGCCUAUCUAGAAGCAGGUGGCCAACAGAAAAUGAACCCAACAGCAUGUUUGGAGGUUCCUUGUCUCAUACUGUUGUGUCUGGACUUUUUGUUUAUCUUAUUUUUUUAAGUUUUAUUUUCAUAAUUUAAUUUUAUUUUAUAUAUUUUUACUUUUUUCCUCUCUUUUUACCCUACAGGCAUUUUGCAUAUAUAUCAUGACCUCUAAUUUAAUGUUCACAUAGAAUUCCUGAGUGAGUGAAUGAGUAAGUCUCUUGUGCCUACUCCUUGUGACCUCUCUUGGACUCUUUUCCCUCUGUUUGUUUUGUUUUGUCCUAUUUCAAUGUUUCAGUUUUUUAUAUUAUAUUAUGAUAUUAUUAUUCCUUGGAAGCCUCUUUGUUUACUAAUGAGAGACAGAAAGGGUGUGGAUCAAAUGGAAGGAGAGAUAGAAGGAACUACAAGAAGUAUAGAGAGAGGAAACCAUAAUCAGGUAUUAGAAAAAACUAUUUUUAAUAAAAGGAAAAUAAUAAUAUAUGAAUAUGCAGCAAGAAAACACAAAGAGUUGAAUAAAAUGUCAAUUCAAGAUAUGAUAUGAAAAUAAAAUUCAACAAAGAGAUGGUAUUUCUGAAAAAGAAAAACUCAAACUUAAAUGAUGCUUGAAAUGCAGAACUCAGUAAACCAAAUAACAACCCCAUCAGAUAGCCUCAGCAAUAGAAUGAACCGUGCAGGAAAUGCAAAAUUGGGGCCAGAGAAAAGGUAGAGGAAUUGAAUUCCAAGUAAAGAACAAUUUUACAUUUAUGAAAAUCCACAAAGAGAAUAUGGGUAAGUUUUGGACACCACAAAAGUCCCAUCUUUUGAUUAUGGGUAUAGAAGAAGAACAUCAUAGCAAAUGUGUAGAAAAUGUCUUCAUUAAGACCAUAGAAGGGAAUUUCCCAAACCUAGAAAAAAAGAUGUCGUAUCGGUUACAAGCCUACAAUAUCACAAAUAAAUAGAUGCAGAAAAGAACCUCCUCUGUGACAUAUUAUAGUUAAAGCACUAAAAUCACAGAAUAAACAAAGGCUGUCAAAACCAUAAAAGAGACAAGUCAAGACACUUAUGAAGGCAGGCCCAUCUAAUAACACCUAAUUACUGAAAAAAAUCUUUUAAAGCCAGAAAAGCUUAGAAGUAUGUAUAACAAGUUCUGGAUGAUCACAACUGCCAACUCAAAUUGUUAUACAAAGAAAAGAACUAUACACUAAAAUUGAAGAAGAGAUACAAAGAAAAACUUUCUUUGACAAAAACAGAUUAAAAGAAUGUGUAUCAACUAAAGCAGCUCUACAGAGGAUACUGGAAGGAAUACCUCCAUCUGAAAACAGGGAUAAACACCUGAAAGGUUACAGGACAAUUCUAAAACAGUUUGUCAAGAGAAGUCCAUGAAAGCAACACAAAGCAACAAAAUGAUAUAAACUAAUGAGCCCUGUUUGAUAAUAAUUCUUUAAUGAUCUCAAUUUCCAAUGAAGAGACACUGACUAGCAGUUAUCUUUAGAACAGAACCCAUCUUUUUGCUGCUUAUAAAAGACAUACCUCACUAUCAACACUGAACACUGCUUUGGGGUUAAAGGACAGAAAAUGGUGUUUCAAAUGAAUGGAAGUAGGAAACAAGGGCGAGUAGCUGUUCUAAUAUCUGUCAAAAGAAACUUCAAAUAGAACUAGUCAGAAGAAAUAAGGAAGGUCACUUCAUAUUCAUUAAAGGAAGAACUCACCAAGAGGAGAUACAAUUCUAAACACAUAUAUACAAGAAACAAUGUUGGCACCAAAACCUCAGAAUAAGCCCACACAAUGAGAGUAGCUAACCAAAACAUAGCCAACACCAAAAGAGUUGACAGGAAGAAAUCAUCAAAAUCCAGGCUGAAAUGAGUGAAAUGGAAAGGAAAAAAAAUCAACACAAGGAAUCAAUGAAGUGGGUUGGUUCUUUGAAAAGAUUAACAAGAUUCACAAACUUUUAGGGAAAUUAACUAAAAGAAAGCUAUAAGAGGCCCAGACUAAUAAAAUGUGAGAUGAAAAGGGAGAUUUUGCAAUACUUGAUCCUAAUUUAUGUGUAGGAGAACACCAUAUGCUUCAGUGCCACACCUGUGGUGAUUAUAUCUUCCAUCAUUCCUGUCACAUAAAAGAUUAAUGAGGAAAAAGUUUUUUAUUCUGUAAAAAAAAAACAAAAUCAAACUCAUGAGUUAAAACAAUGUUUUUAUCAUUUUGUCUUCAAAUUAAAAUUACAGUGCCAGAAAUUAGCCAACUAAACUCACAGUGCCUUUCAAUAAUUUUGCAGUAUGAUCAAGUAUGAUUUAUUUACAAAGGGCAUGGUGAUCCAUAUAGAAAUCCAAGUACAUGCUAAACCAUCAGUUGAAAGUAGGAACUGCAUGAUCAUUUCCGUGGGUGCAGAAAUGGUGUUUGAUAAUAUACAAUCUUCCUUUGUGAUGAAAAUCUCAAAAAGAUCAUAAUAGAACAAAUGUACAUCAUCAUGACAAAGACUAUACAAUGAUUCACUGAAAUCUAAUAUCAUAUCCAAUAGAGGGAAUCUGAAGGCAUUUUUUUUCUGAGAUUUGUACCAUGACAGUAUGCUCACUCUCACCAUUAACAAUAUACCAUGAUCCCUGAAGCUGUAUACAGAGCAAAUAAACAAAUGAAAUAACAAUACACAAAUUAGAAAGAAAAAAAGCCAAUUUACUCCCUUUGCUGGAAACCUCAUAGAGAUGAAACAAAAGACUUUCCCAGAAAAAAAAAACAUUAGAAUUGCUAAAGCAGUUAAAUAGUAGGGUACAAUACAAUGACAGAGAAAUAAGUAUCAUAUCGAUAUACAGCUAGUAAAAUAACUGAAAAAAGAAAUUGAGAAAUUAAUACCAUUUUAUAAUAGCUACCUGAAACUACUAUUGUAAACCUCUAUACUCUAAGCCAAACUGUCCCAUCUUCAUGAAAUCAGCCAUGCCUACUUGCAAGAGACCAUCAUGAUUAGGCCUAUGGACUGCUGAUAUUCUCUCCAAGAAGGAAGUGGCAAGGAGGGUCACUAGAACCUUGCCUUAAUACCAGGCCACUUUUCCUAGCCAUAUCUAUGGAAUUCUGCCAUAAAUAUAUGUGGUCUUGGGGUCUUGGGGAUUGGCUUGAGUAUAAAGGAUGGGAGAAGUUAACUGAGGGGGAUCUCUCCAUUUGUCCGGCACAAGAGAGCCAUCAUCCAUGUUGCAUACACACUUACACAGCAACUGUUUUAGAGCCACCCACACUCUUGCCCAUAACUUCUUACAUGCUCUGUAAGUUAGCCUCUAAUAACCUCAUUGUUUUUUUAGAGUGAACUUUGGUGGAAUUCAACUUCAGUUUGUUCUUGGCAUCUUAGGGGGUAGUUAGUAUUAUUUGGCAUCACCCACCUCCUCAAAGGAAAAAAAAAUCUUACAAAAACUGCCUAGAAUUAAAUUUGGUCAAGAAACAGAAUUAUCUCUACAAUGAAACCAUAGAACAUCAAUUAAAGAAACUAAUGAAGUAGAAGGAAUACAAGCAUCUCCCAUGAUAUUAGGUUAGAAGCACUGAUAUUGUCAAUGUUCACACCUCGCAAAAAUGUCUUCAGAGUCAUUUCAGUUUUCAUCAAAAUACCAAAUCUAUGGUUCACUGAAAUAAAGAUGGCAACAUUACAAUUCAUAUAAAGUGUCAAAAGACACCACAAAACCUAGACAACUGUGAAUCUUAAAUAUAAAGCUAGGCACAACAAAACAUCUGAAUUUUAAAUUAUCACAAAGCUAUAGUAUCAAACACAGUGCAGUACUGUCAAAAACACAGACUCAAAGACUUCUGGGUAAGAUGGAGGAUUCAAAACCAAGACAGAAUUUGUUGAUCGAUUCAGAAAAUGCCUCCAUCAGAUUGACCUGUAGACAAGUAUGCAGGACAUAUUUGUGAUUAAUGACAAAUGAAGGAAGGGCCAGCUCACUGUGGGGAUACCACCCCUGGGCAAGUGGUCCUGGGUUAAAGCAAACUGAGAAAACUAUAGGAGAAAGCCAGUAAGUGGCCUCCUUCAUGGUCUCUGCUUCAGUUCCUGCCUCCAGAUUCUUACUGCCCUGACUUCCCUCUGAUGGACUGUGAUUUGGAAAUAUAAAAUGAAACAAACCUUUCUUCCCAAAGUUACUGUUGGUCAAGGUGUUCAUCACUACAACAGAAAGCAAAUUAGAACAUCUGGUAUAUAUAGACAGUAGAAUACUCCUUGGAUUUAAAGAAACAACAAAAAUCCUUCAUCUGGAGCAGGUGGAUGAAAUUAGAUGACGUUAAGUAAAAGAAGCGAAGCAUAGGAAAAUAGCUACAAGCUCUUAGUCAAAUGUGGAAACUAAUAUUGUUGACUUCAUAUGAGUAAAGGGUAAAAUAGUGGAUGUAGGCUGGGAGCUGCAGGAAAAAAUGGGUACACACAGGGUUUUGUGAUGCAAUGCAACAAUAUAGGUAGAUGAGAUGUGGCAUGUUCAGAGUGGUGUCGUCAUAGACUGACAAUACAAACAGACAAAACUAGUAGAGUGUAAUAGAGUGAUGAUACUACAUUGAUACUAGUAAAAUGAUACUAGUAAAAUUUACUGUGGAUUUCAAAAUAGGUAGAAAACUACUUGAAAUGUUCACAAGAAUAAUAAGUAAAAACUCUGAAAUGAUGGAUGGAUAAAAGAAAUAUAGAUAAUUAUAGUUUGGUCUGUAUUUGUGACUUUGUCUGGAAACAUGUGUUCAUGUUUCCUCAGGAAAAGUUCAGUCAAUGAAUCUGUUGUCAGUGCCCUACCUGAAAUGAACAGAUAGAUGUUUGCUCUCAUCUUUCCAAGAAAAGUUAACACUACAUUCUGAAUGAGUCCAGCUAGACAGAUCACAUAACCUUUUGAGUCCCAUUCACACCAGAUCAGAAAAAAGUCCAUAUCAGUGCAGACCACAAGGAACAGAGUCUAUAAAACCUAGAAAGUAAAGUUCCUGUCCCUCAGGAUAAUGUGAAGACAUGUGUUCAGUCACUGAAUAUUUCCAAAGAUAAGUGCUUUGUGAAAAGGUACAUGAAGCCAAGGAUCAUAUCGAUCAUGCUUUUAUAUUAAGACAUGACAAAUCAGCCCUUUACAGAAGAGGUAAGAAGUUGAAAUUCUGGUGACACUGGGGGCUAUGUCCUCAGCAUGAGUGAAGGCCAUGGGAUCCAAUUAAAAGUAGUUCUUUAGUGUUAGAUUUUGAGCAAAAUUUCAUAGAGGGUGUUGAUAGGGUGUCAGGAGAUAAUAUCACUUGGAGGCAGAUGGUAAAAAACAAUCAACAAGAAAAAAUUCUCUGUGCAUAGAAACAUCCCAUUGGGAAAUGUUGUUCCCAGACAUGAAAUCAUAAGAGAAACAGUGAAAUGUACCUAAUGAGCAGACAUUCAAAGAUGUAAAUAUAUCCCUUUUACAUUUGCUCAGCAUGUGUAACCUCUUUCUGCUCAGAACAUGGCUGUUUGCAUUGGCAUCACCAUUGACUCAGGGAAUGAAGAUUGAUCUAGUCUUACUGUCUCAUUUUAUUAUAUAACUUUUGUCUCCACUGUCAACCAUCUGGAGAAUUUAGAAUUCCACACAGAGACCUCCCAUCUUUAAACCACCCAGGUUAGUGUGGAAACAUGGCUAAUAUGGCAGGAAAAAUCCUGCGACAGGGAAGAAAAAACAUUUCACUACAGUUACCUUAGAACCAAUCCAGAGCAUCUCAGAGAUGCCAGAUGGCUAUGGCUAUUUACUGGCUUGUUUGAUUAACUCAGUUGUAUAUUCGACAUAACAGAAGGGGAAAGGGACACUGAACUCAGUGGGGCAGAGUCUACAUUGAAGAUGAACUGAUGGCGAUGGAAGCCCAAUCAGGAGAGGAGUUGAUAAGCUUCAGAUGGCUGAGUAGUACGUGUGUUAAAAAUUCUGUGGUUAAUUAGGUGGAAAAGAGAAAUUGAGUACUGCAUUCACAGAAUUGUAGAACAAAGUAAAGGGUAUGUCUGCAUUUUGAGCUGGACAACUGCUUAAAGUUACUUUUUAUUAUAUUAUAUUAUAUUAUAUUUAUUAUAUUAUAUUAUGUUUUCUAGUUGCCAUAGCUUCAAUGUAAUCUCCAGUUACGCUUUAUAUACCUUUGGAGUGCUUUUCUUAUUUUGCUGAAAUGUUUCUAUCUUCUUACCUAUGAAUUUCUCACAUUAGUCAAGAUGAUUUUAUCUACCAUGAACAUCUCCUUAUGUUCCCAUCUAAUGUACUGUUUAAUUUGAUAAUGAUGUCACUAUUUCCCAAGUUUUUCUAAGAUGCGAACUAGAGGACCAAUUUUAUGUUCCUUCUGUAAGAUUGCCACUGAUGCCAUUUUUUUUUUACUUAAUCAUUGAAGCUUUUCAACUCCAUUAAGAUACAACAUUGUCAUAUGUUAAAUGUACAUAUACUCUGAGAUCAUUAUGUACUGAACUUCUGCUGUAGACCACACAGUGAGUGGACUAUUGUGCAUUACAUUCUUUAAGUGUAGUUUAUUGUCAAGUAAAUCAGCAAUCUCCACUGGUAGCAUUUGAUUGUUAAUACUAUAGAUGGUCUUUAACCUAAUUACUGAUGCCACAUUGGAUUUUGGUUAAGCCUGUUUUCUAUUGUUGUUUAGAAUUCACUGGAUUUUGCACUUUUCCUUUGACAUUCUUGCUAUGUCCCACGCCCUUUUCUUUCCUUUUAUCCAUGUAAUGCAGAAAUAUUCACACAGCACAGUGAAUCUUCAAAGUAAGCAAAACAGUGGAGUGUCUGCUCAUGCAGAUCUCACUUUAGGAGGUUGAGUCACAGCACAAUGGAAUAAAUGAAGGUACACACAUGCCCUAAGGGUUAGUUGCAAAGAGUUUCAAAGGACAUGUUCUGGGGGCAUCUUUGCAUGUUGGGUGGAUGUUCUGGGGGCAUCUUUGCAGGUUGGGUGGAGCAACAGGGAGAACCACACUAUGCCCUUUGGAUCUGGCCAAACAACUCAAGCUGCACUCACAUUAGGAGAUAAAAACAGAGAUCUGCUGUGCUCUUGUGAAUAAAAAAAAUUACUGAUAGUUCUGUACCUGUUUGUGUGGUUUUGUUCCCCACAGAAUGAGAAAUAAUAAUUGAGUUCCCUAUGGACUCUAAAACAUUGAUCUUAAAAGCAGAGAAUAGAAUAUAGUUUAACAGAAACAGAGUUGUGGAAUAAGACUGGGAAAAGGUUGAUCAAUGGCAUCAUAGGGAUAUGCAUUUUGGUGUUCUUUUGCCCAGUAGAGAGACAAGAGUUAAAAAAUAAUAAGUUAAAUUGCAUGUGAAGGACCCUCACAAUAUCAAUGUCAGGCAAAACCCAGCACACAAAAUCCCACCCCAAGCUGAGGAGCUAGUGGCAAUUGAUGGCUGCUAGAGGAGGAAGAGUCAGUCUUCUCUGAGGAUCCUACCACUUAGAGGUUACCAGUGAUGCAUUAGAUGGUCCCACACCCAUACAUAUACUUACAGCACUAAGUGGAGUUGAUGGGUUUCAAAAACAGAGCACAUUAAGUUUGGAGGGAGAAGUGAGGUUAGGGAGAAGAGAAGAGAAUGAGGGUGGAUUUGACCAAAAGAAAUUAUAUACAUAAAUGAAAUUCUCAAACAACAAAAUAUCCUGUACACUAUAUUUCAAAAUACCUUCAAUAACAUUGCAUAGUCUUAGUAUAAUUAAGCAAUAUGUAGUUGAGAUGAUUAGUACACUCAUUAGCUUGUUUUGAUUGCUACACUCACAUGCAUGCAUGUAUUAUAUCUUCAUACUGUAAUCCAGAAGAGCAUGCCAUUACUAUGCUCCAAUAAAAUUACAACACAAUAUAAAUUCCAGUUAGUCAAAUUUAUAUAGAAACUGUAGAAAAAAAGCACACUUAAAAUAUUCAGUAUAAAACCCUCCAAAAUUCUGUAGUUAUUUGUAUAUUUCUUUUCAAAAACUUUAUUUUAAUUUAUUUUAUUUAAAUUUUCUUCGUACAAUCUAUUUUCCUCAUGUUUUUCCCAGCCUCCAUAUUUUUUUUGUGGAGGGAGGUUGUUUAAUUUUAUUUUGUUUGGGCAUGUUUUAUCUUGUUAGAUUUUUGUUUGUUUUAUUCUUGCCUUUGUAUUUUUACCCAAAUGCAAGUUCAGCUAUUAUGGCAUCACUCUAAAAGAUAUUUUUACUUCUAUAUUGUAAAUAUUUUAUUUUUGACAUUUUACUGUUUUUUUAAUCCUAUAGGAGAUAGGCUUUUAGUUGAAGUGCUGAUGAAAUAGAACUUUCCUUCAUUAUAAAGUCUCCAGAAACACAUGACCAUAUAGGAACCCUUCCCCUGCUGCUCCACCCCACCCCACUCCCCACAUAAGGAUAUCUAGCUUGUCUUAUCUAUGUCUUUGUCUCUCAUGCUCUCUCUUUCUCUCUCACUCCAUUACAAACUUUUUUUAUUUGAAGUACCAGCUUUCUAUCUUUUUGAAGACUAGUGUGCCCUUUGCCAUCCUUCAUGUAUCACCUAACAUCCCCAUUUCUAAAUACUAUGCUAUUCCUACACUUACAGGUGCAUAUAUAUAUAUUGCAUAUAUAUAUAUAUAUAUAUAUAUAUAUAUAUAUAUAUAUGUGUGUGUGUGUGUGUGUGUGUGUGUGUGUGUGUGUGUAUAAGCAUAUAUAUGUAUAUAUAAAUGUAUAUGUUAUGGACCAGGAGACACACAUAAGGGAAUUUGGAUCACCUCACUAUGUUGGACUUCCCAAGCUUAUCAAUUUCCUUGCAAGAAACACAUUUUGAUUCCAGUGGCUUGCUAACCAUAUUUUCUUUCUAAUCAUGUGACAUGGGUUAGGAGGUCAUGGUUUUAAUGUGGUCCUCCUGGACCACAGCAUGAUACAGAGGUAGACCGUUAAACUAAUGCAUCACAACAACAAAUAGAUGCUUUUCAAUUUACAAGAAUGUAGUGUUACUUUUAGUACAUUGACAGGAUAUAGACUAACAUAGAAAACAAACCUCUUGGCAUGUAAGUGAGGGGGAUUUCUAGAUUGGGUUAACUGAAGUGGACAGGCUUUCCUUAAAUGUAAGUGGCACCGCCUGUGUGAAUUCUGCAUAAAAAGGAAGAAAAUGAUCUGAGCACCAGUAUUCAUCUCUAUCUGCUUCCUGAUCAUGGAUGCACUAUGACCAGGCAUCUUGUGAUUCUGCCUGCCUCCCUUUCUCAGCCAUGAUGUGCCCUCAAACCAUGAGCAAAUAACCUUUCCCUAAGUUAAUAUCUUCAGAUAUUUUAUCAUGGCAAUGGGAAGAUAACAAAUACACAGAAAAUUUUGCAGCCAAGUUAAAAUUAAUGCAAUGACAUACGACAGUAGAAAUGUCAUUGUGUCUUGCUAUUUCAACAGCAAUAAAGCUGCUUCAUCCUGCAGUAUAUUUUUUUGUUCAUUCUCCUAGUCACACUACCUUUAGGUUAGACUUACACAUUAAAACAAACACCUUCCUCAGAGCAUUUCACUGGCUGUUCCUUCUGCAAGGCACAUACUCCAUUAGGUAACAUAGCUCCCUAUUAUCUUUCUAGGGGUCUCUUUUCUCUUGUCUUUUUUUUUUCACCCACAUGCUCAGUACAAAAUAAAUCUCCCUAUAUACCAUCUCCUAUGUAGCUUUGUUUCCUUUCAUAGUAACUGUCACCAACUUACAUCUUUCUUACACUAUCACUUUAAGUAUUUAUUUGUUUUUAUUUGUUUGUGUUAUUUCAUCCUCAUGUGAUUUGAGAAACAUUUGUAUUCUGCACUGACCAAUUCUUUCCUGAGAAUUGGCUCCUAUACUAUCAUAACUAAUUUAUAUUCCCAAAUGUAUUCAAAAGAGAUAGUUAGCAUUUAAAAUUCAUGACCAUUCAAAACUCAGCCAGGAAAAGGCAGAGUGUGGUAUGAAGUUUUUAAAUCAGAUGUGAGAUGUUGCAAACUAUUGCAGAUCCUAUUCAUAUCUAAAGUCUGCAAUUCAAGUCUUGGAUACAGGUUUCUCUAAGGUUUCACAAUUGUGUCAUGUAUUUUCAUGCCCUCUCUCUUUUCCUUAGUUACAUCCACU